CAAGGGCGGAGUCAGUUUUGACAGGGUCUGAGGGUAGACAGACAGGAGGCUGGGAGAAUACAGCAGGCCAGGCAGCAUCUGGAGGAAAGGAGGAGUCAGCGUUUCGGGUAUAAACCCUUCUUCAGCAGUCAACGAAACGCUGACUGCUCCUUUCGUCCAGAAGCUGCCUGGCCUGCUGUGUUCUCCCAGCCUCCUGCUUGUCUAGCCUUGGAUUCCGGCAUCUGCAGUUUUUUUGACGGGAGACUAUAACAUCAGUGAAGGCGGGGUCAGUGGGGACUGGGGCGGAGUUAAUAUUUUGACAGAGACUGUAUCAUUAGUGAAGGCGUGGGGCUUAGAGUGGCAGCAGCAGCGGUGUGUGGAGUGAGUGGGGUCUGGGCCGCCGGAGAAAGGGGCGGGGUCAGUACAUCGAGUGCUUUCUGCAGGAGGGUUGUGUCCGGAAUUUCAGGCAGGCAUCGCCGCGGGCACCUGUUGUUUUUGCUAGGACCCCCUUCCCUCCUACACAAGAUGGCGGCGCCCAGUGGAGAUCCAGCGGUGGCGCCGUUUGGAGCGUGGCUCAGUCAACGGCUGGAGGAGCUGGAAAUUGAUGAGGAUGUUUAUGGUUCGUACAUCAACGGAAUUUUGCGGGAGGAAGAAAACGAAGAAGAGAAGUCUGAAGCUCUUCAAGCUAUAUUAUCCGCAUUUCUGGAUGAAGAUUCUUUGGCAGCCAUUUGCAAAGACAUAAUUCAGAAGUGGUCUGAGACCACAAACAGUAUCACACAAGAAAAAAAUGUUGAAGAUGAAGUACAUGCCAUUGCAAGUAUGAUUGAGAAACAGGCUCAGAUUGUUGUGAAACAAAAAGAUGCUUCAGAAGAGGAGAAAUCUAGGAAAGCUGCAGUUCUUGCACAGUAUGCAAAUAUAACUGACGAGGAAGAUGAAGAUGAAGAAGCCCAUGGAACAAGUGGAUCAUUUAACUUUGAAGACAAAUCUCUUUUCAAAAACACAAAUGUUGAAGCUGUUCUUGUUGCGAAAAAAGCAGAAAGAGAGAAGGCUCGGGGAGAUGCACAAAAGAAAAAGGAACAAGAUAAACUACAGCGAGAGAAAGAUAAGCUUGCUAAACAAGAAAGAAAAGAAAAGGAGAAGAAGAGAACACAAAAAGGAGAACGAAAGCGAUAGAUUAUUUGAAAAACAUUAGACUGGAGUGUGCAGUUGUUCAGAACUACAAGUUUACAUCCACAGGUAAUAUGAACUGUGAAACACCAAUGACUUUUUGGCAGAGUGGGGGUGUAGAAAAUCUUUCUUCAUAAAAUGCCGAACUUUUGUGAAGUAUUGUGUCAAAAUUGAAACUUCAAGAUAGGUUACUUGUGUAUCAUGAACUGUUUAAUUAGGUAUUUCAAAUUUGUAAUGUGUUUCAGUUGUUAUCUAACACAAAUAAAAAUAACCUACACAGAAGAAAUUAAUUGAAACACACUACAGCAGAACCCCUUCAGUGAAGGAAGACGUUUAUUGGUUUGAAAUGUACCUAAAAAUUAAAAACACAACUUUCUGGAGAUCUAGUAUUGACUUUCUUUUCUCAAGAUAUUUUUAUAGCUGGCUUCUAGAUAGUUUUAACAAUUCUUGACUGAAAUUAGAACAUCACUUCCAUGGUGGCAAUACCUGUGAGAGAGAAAGAGUUAAGGUUUCAGGUCUGUCACAGAUAACGCUGUUCCUCUCUCCACAGAUGCUGUCACACAAGCUGAAUAUUAACUAUCUGUUUUGUUUUCAGAUUUCCAGCAUCAAUAACAUUUUGCUUUUGUAUCACUUUUACUUUUUGUCUUUUAGAAAUGAUGUACUUUCUAGCACUGAAACAGAAAACAUCUACUGAACUUAUUUGAACUAUCAUUUGCUUUUUGGAAAAUAAAGUAUUUUUCAUUUGUAA